UCUUGUGCGCAACAUCUCCAUCUCCCUCUUCUUGAUCCUUCGCUUUUUCCCUUUGAGAUGCUUCCUGAUCUCUCUCCACCCUCUUUCAACUAGAGACACGCAGCGCUUCAUCCUGAACUUGAGGGUUUAUUGGGAAUCUAAAAUAGAGACGCGCACCCGGAGGGAUACGAAAGGAAGGAAGGAAGGAAGGAAGGACCCCUUUGGAUAAGGACCCUUGCUGCCACUUUUUUUGGUCUCAAAUUUUGUUCCUUUUUCGCCCGACCUUUUAAGUUGCUUUUCUUGUUAAUCCGGGGGAUUUUUUCUCUUUUUUAAGUCCCGUUUGCGAGAUCUUGCGCGUUCAUGUUUUCCAUCCAGGACGGUCUCCCGCGGGGAGCGCUCACCAUGAAGGAGGAACCGAUCGGGAGCGGCAUGACUCCUGUGCGCUCCUGGAUGCAGAGCGCUGGCAUACUGGACGCCAACACGGCAGCGCAAAGUGGCGUCGGUUUGGCCCGAGCUCACUACGAGAAACAGCCGCCGUCCAACCUGCGCAAAUCCAACUUCUUCCACUUUGUGUUGGCGCUGUACGAUCGUCAGGGGCAGCCGGUGGAGAUCGAGAGAACGUCCUACAUCGACUUCGUGGAGAAGGACAAAGAAUAUAACGAUGAGAAGACCAACAAUGGGAUCCACUACAGGCUACAGCUGCUCUACAGUAACGGAAUCAGGACGGAGCAGGACCUGUAUGUGCGCUUAAUAGACUCCAUGACUAAACAGCCGAUCAUGUACGAGGGCCAGGACAAAAACCCAGAGAUGUGCCGCGUCCUCCUCACCCACGAGAUCAUGUGCAGCCGGUGUUGUGACAAAAAGAGCUGCGGGAACCGAAACGAGACGCCGUCAGACCCCGUCAUCAUCGACAGGUUCUUCCUGAAGUUCUUCCUCAAGUGUAACCAGAACUGCCUGAAAAACGCCGGCAACCCGCGAGACAUGAGACGCUUCCAGGUGGUGAUUUCAACCACGGUGAACGUGGACGGUCACGUCCUGGCCGUGUCAGACAACAUGUUCGUCCACAACAACUCCAAACACGGGAGACGAGCUCGCCGCCUAGAUCCGUCCGAAGCAGCCACGCCCUGCAUUAAGGCCAUUAGUCCGAGCGAGGGCUGGACGACCGGAGGAGCCACCGUCAUCAUUAUUGGAGAUAAUUUUUUCGACGGGCUGCAGGUGGUGUUUGGAACGAUGCUGGUCUGGAGCGAGCUCAUCACGCCACACGCCAUCCGUGUUCAGACUCCGCCUCGACACAUCCCGGGGGUGGUGGAGGUCACACUGUCCUACAAAUCCAAGCAGUUCUGCAAAGGAGCACCAGGACGCUUCGUCUACACAGCUCUGAACGAACCCACCAUCGAUUACGGCUUCCAGAGGUUACAGAAGGUCAUACCACGCCACCCCGGAGACCCCGAGAGGUUACCUAAGGAGGUGCUGUUGAAGAGGGCGGCUGAUCUGGUGGAAGCUCUGUACGGGAUGCCUCAUAAUAACCAGGAGAUCAUCCUGAAGCGCGCGGCCGACCUGACCGAGGCUCUGUACAGCGUCCCUCGCACCCACAACCAGCUGCCCUCCCUCACUGGCUCCGCCCACUCGGGCAUGAUGGGAGUCAACUCGUUCAGCAGCCAGCUCGCCAUCAACAUCUCCGAGGCAUCGCAGGCCGACCAGGGUUAUUCCCGUAACUCCAACAGCGUGUCUCCUCGCGGGUACGUGCCCAGCUCCACGCCCCAGCAGUCCAACUACAACACCAUCACCUCCACCAUGAACGGCUACGGAGCCGGCAUGACCAACCUGGGGGUCCCCGGCUCGCCCAGCUUCCUCAACGGGUCCACCGCCAACUCGCCCUACGCAAUCAAACAGAAGAGCGCCUUCGCCCCCGUCGUGCGGCCUCAGACCUCCCCGCCCCCCACCUGCACCGGCGCCAAUGGGAGCAGCCUACAGGCAAUGGCUGGCCUCAUCGUUCCUCCCAUGUGAAGCAGAAAGACGAAGUUUCCUUCAGGAUGAAACUUUCCAGCUCUGGAAUCGAAGCUCCAGGCGAAUAUUAGCACACGUAAUCAUCAUCAUCAUCAUCAUCAUCGUCGUCGACAUCGUCGUACGGAGGAGAUUUUUAACCAGAACUUCUUCUCACCUGAAGAAUCUGAACAAAGUGCUUUUAAAAAUCCUGACACGUGACGUCGGGCAAUUUUCUUUCUGUUGGUUCGAGUCCUCGUUGUUCUUUUAUAUUCGAGGGAGUUUUGGGAGCGACGGCAGCUAGAAACGUGAAACGAUUCCGGCAUGACGUAAACACACACACACACACACACACGGGUUCGGACGCUUUCAUUUGCAUGUGGGUCGCAUCAUGUGCAAAGCGCUGAAGCUUCCAGCACUUCCACUAACCGUCAACAUUUCAGAUAAAUUUGUGAGGAAUUUACAAAAAACGUUUUUUUGUUUUUAUUUUUAAUUUUAUUUUUUAGAAAACUUUAAAAUAAAUAUCGAGACAUUUUUAUUCACGUCGAUUUUAUACACAGAAAGUCACAAAUCUAAUAAAAAUGCACAAUUCCAAGUUCGAAGAGAAAUAAUUUUAAUUUAAAUAAAUAAAAAACGAAACCUUUUAGGAUGUGGACGAGUCUGCAGGUACUGUAGAAUCAGAGGCAUGCCGAUUGGUAGGUUUGCACCAGAAAUGCUUUGAGACAUGAUUUUUUUGGUCUGUAUUUAUAAAAAGAAACUUUUAAGGAUUACUUUUAUGAUUUAGAUCUGAAUUCUAGUAUCACACACAUGUCGAUGUAAACACAUUAGAUGUUUUCACACCGUUUAGAUCUUGUACAAAUGGUGACCAGUCACAGUUUGUUUUCUCUCUUUGUAAAGACGUAAACGUCCGGACACGACAGAUUAUUAUUAUUAUUUUGUAUUAUUUUUAUGUUAAGCAGGACGUUCUCUUCACCACUUUUGUAAAAAAAAUCUUUCUAAAUCUUAUUAUUAUAUUUAAUGUUUUCCUUUUGUAAACAUGAAUCGUCUUCCUCUUCCUCUCGUCCUGUGAGUUUUGUGUGAAACGUGUACGAGUUCUUUAUUACUGCACUAUUUUUGUUGGGACGCUCACACGAGGAACUUAGCCAGCGAAGAAAAGGGAUUCAGGAGAAAAACGUUCUUCAGAUAUGCACCAGUACGGCGGUCCAGCGUUUUGUUUUUUCCUCUGGUCAUGGAUGAUCUGACUGAAUGAUUGUUCAUCGUGCGGUUUUGUUGACGUUUCUGUGCUAAUUCUUGGUUCUCGUGAGGUUCCGUUGAACUCCGCUGUUUGGAGUCUCCCAGAGCGGUAGAGAGAACAGAGUGGCGACACUCCCAUAGGGAACCGUUGGAAAGGGGGCGGGACAUUUUUUCUGCCCAGCUUCCGGGUUGUGGAGCUCUGUAUAGUUCCAAACAACCCAUAGAGCCCCAUUCAUUUCCACUACUUAUCAAACAUUUUUAGCUGUAUGUUGCUUUGUUUUAAAAAAAAUUAUGAAUUUAAUGUCAUUAAUAUACUUAAUACUGUUAUUGUUUAGCAUUUGCUCAGCACUAAAUGUUACAUGUUUAUCUUAAUUAAUAGGUAUAACCCAAUUUAGCUUAGUCAGUUAAGCUUAAUUAAUGACACACGAGUCUUUUCACCUAAAAUGAGUUGAUUAAUCAAGAUUCUUGUUACAGAAAUGAUCAUAAAACA